CUGACAUUCUAGCGGGAACUUCGAUCGACGACUUAUGUUUUCAUUAAUAUUUUGAUUGUCACUCUCAGAGAUACAGUUUAUUAUUUUUGAAUAUUUAUUUUAAAGAUUUAUUAUGUCUUUAAGAUAUGCACACAGUGAAGGCCAUACCGACAUCUGUUAUUCUGAAGAUUCUAAUUAUAUUAUAACUUGUGGAAGUGAAGGAGAUGUACGUAUCUGGGCAGGAGUGGAAGAUGCUGAUCAAAAAGAUGUUUGUGUAGGGGACAAAGCUUGGUCAGUUUUUCAAAAGGGAAUUAAUCUCUACGUGGGAACUGAUACUAAUAUUAUUCAAGCUUAUACAUUUCCAGACCUGGAACCUGAUGGCAUCAUCACGAGAUUCACUUCACCUGCUACUCAAAUUGAUAUUGCCCCUGAUGGAAGUAAACUGGCAGCAUCAUCAAGUGACAUGAAUGUACAUGUUGUUGAUUUAAACUCUAUGGAAUGUAAAAAGUUGACUGGGCACCGGGCUCCAGUUCUAAGUGUUUCUUUAGACCCAAAACUUGAGUUUGUUGCAUCAUCGAGUUGUGAUGGAACUGUAAGGAUUUGGGCUUUAAGUUCUGGUGACGUGGUUAAGCAGUGGGAAGUAGUUCCUAAGAGCAAUGCUUUUGAAACUUCCUCAGUUCUUUGUAGAUUGCAUUUUGAUCUCGAAGGACGAAAUGUAGCAAUACCAAUUGGUGAAACUGUUAAACUUUACAGAAGAGAAACAUGGGUUCAUGCUAUGACUUUAUCUAGUUCUGGCAAUAAUGUUAUUAACAUUGUCAAAUUUUCUCCCUGUGGAAAAUUUAUAGCUGGUGGGUCUACUUGUGGAAAAGUUUUUAUUUGGUCAUUAAUAACAUCAAAUAUUAUUGAGGAAGACAACAGUAGUCGACAAGCUAUUUGUGGCAUUGCGUGGUGUGCUUCUAAAAGUAUAGUUUUUGUUAAUGCCAAUGGCCAGCUCGGUUCUCUUCAGUUAUCUAAUUUCCAAGAAAAUGAUAUAGAGAAAGAAGAAAUUGAUCCUGGAAAUAUCCCACUUGGUGAACCGGAAUUAGUUGACGAUGACGAUGAUGAUAAUGUUAUUUCUCUAGGGAAAAUCAAAGCUGAAACUGGAUUUGGGGAAAACGGAGAAAUAUUGAGAUCUGUUUCACCUGUUGAUGAAGUUGAUGAAAGAUCAAGUGUAGUGGAAAGUGUCAUAAGAUCGAAAGUAAAUAUCACUGAACCACAAGGGGCAUUUCAGCCAUCUUCAACACCUGUACAUCUUCAGCAAAGAUACAUGGUAUGGAAUAAUGUGGGAAUAAUAAGACAAUUUAAUAUGGAGGAUAUGAAUGAUAUUGAUAUUGAAUUUCAUGAUACAUCUCUUCAUCAUGGAGUACGCAUGAACAACCUUCUGGGUCAUACCAUUGCUACACUUACUGAAAAGUUAGCUGUUUUUGGAUCUCCUAAGACAGAAGAUGGUCCCAGUAAAUUAGUUUGUAUACUUCUUAAAGCAUGGGAUGGACAAAAAGAAUGGGACUGCUCCUUUGGUGAAGAAGAAAUUGUACUUAUUUCUGCAGGAGAUGGUUGGGUUGCAGUUGCAACUGAUAUUUCAACUCUCCACCUCUUUUCAGCAGAUGGUACUCAGACAGAUCUGGUUUCAUUACCUGGAAGACCUGUAAGCAUAGCAGGCCAUAAGGAACAUUUGUGUGUUAUUACAAAUUGUGGAAUAGGAUUACAUGGAGAUCAGUCAUUAUUUUUCAUAGAGUUUAAAAUAGACCCGUUGAGAAGGUUAUUGAAGAGCACAUCUCCUAAGCCUCUUCCACUAUCAUGUGGUUCCUCGCUGAGGUGGAUUGGCUAUACUGAUGAAGGUUCAUUAGUCACUGUUGACUAUGUAGGAGUUCUUCGUAUACUAUAUAAAUCUGUAUGGAGACCAGUAUGCAAUUUAGAUAAGCAGUGCAAGUCAGAAUAUGAUCAUUUUUUUGUUAUUGGAUUAAGUGAAUUAUCACAAAAUGUGAGAUGUAUCUUAUGCAAAGGAACCUACUAUCCUCCAGUCACUCCAAAGCCAUUGGUUGCAGAAAUUAAAUGGAAGAUACCGAUGUGUGAAUUGGAUUCAGAUAAAUCUCAAUUAGAAGAAGACCUAUUGAGGACUGUCAUAACAAUACCUAACUUGCCUUCUGAUCAAAAUGAAGAAAAAAGGAAAAUUGAAAAGAAUAUUUCAGUUGUUAUUAUGAAGUUAUUUGCUCUUGCAUGUCGGAGUGGACUGGAUUCGAGAGCUAUUUCUCUUUGUGAAACCAUGCCUUCUAUUGAAGUUGUCAAACUAGCUGCUAAAUAUGCUGCUAAGUUGGGUAAACAUCAUCUAGCCGAAAAGGUGACGGACAUCGCUAAUAAAAUGUCUAAAGUUAGUUUUAUUCCGGAAAUACCAGAGGAAAAUUCUGAUACUGAAAACGCAACAGAACCUGAAAAUGAUAAUUAUUCACAGGACAUGUUUGGUGAUAAUGAAGCCAAAGAAAAUUUAAUUUUAAAAUUGAAAAAAAAGAAAGAACAGAUGAGCCCCAAACCUCUGAGAAUUAGAAGAAAUGAAAACCCUUUUAAGAAAGCCAAAGAGGAGGUCAAGGUUGCUUCUGAUGGAAACACUUCUGUUGCUGAGCCCAAAAUGAACUUCCUUGAUUGGUAUGAUAACAACAGAUCCAGGUUACAAGAAGAUCAUCCUCUUCUUAAAGAGGGGGAGUUAGCGAUGGCUGGAAUGAAGCUUUACAAACAAGAAAAAACUAUUAAAACAACUCUUAACCAAUCUGUGGAAGAUAUUGAUAAAAAUGACAUCCCUCCUCCUGAGCCGGAAUUGAGUAAAAAAAGGAAGAUUUCGCCAGAAAACAGUAAUGUUUCAAACAAAAAAUUGAAUGUUUCUUCAAAAUUGAAAUCAUUUAGUUUCAGUAAACGAUAACACUUUGUAUGAAUAUAUUUUUUGAUACAUUUAACUAUAAACUUUGUAAAUAUUGUUUUUAAUUUUUAUAAAAAUAUAUUACAUAAUUUCAUUACAUACAUUUCUAAAU